CAGGUAGCGGCGGCCGCACGGCUUCCCGCCCGCCUGGGCCGUGCGGGGGCGGAAAGGGGGCGUUCCCACGGCCCGAGCCCGGCGGCCCGUGCCCGUGAUGUCACAAUCGCAGCCAGCCCCGGCGUUCCCGGGUCGGCUUGGGGCUGCAGGCUGCAAGACGGCGAACGCGGUGGGCAGAGGCUCCGGAGUCAUGGCCUGACCCCGCCCCUCCCCCACCACGCCGCCCCCUACCCCGAGCUGGGGGCCCCCCCCACCGGGGCUAGCGUAAGCGCGGCGGCUCCGAGGGGGCGGCCGCUGGGAAUGGCUGCGCCCCCUUCGGCUCCCGUGCCGCGCUCGCCCUGUUACCUGAAGAGGCCCGCGCCCGGCCCGCAGUGCUCAUGGGGCAUGGAGGAGAGAGCGGCGGCAGGCGCACGCUGCCGGGAGUCGCCGGGCCCCCUGCGGGCCGCCGCCGUCCCGUACUUUGGAAUCUCUGUGCAGCAGGACGAUAUUCUGCCUGGAGCCCUGCGCCUCAUUCAGGAGCUGCGACCGCAUUGGAAGCCCGAGCAAGUUCGGACCAAGCGUUUCACCGAUGGCAUCACCAACAAGCUGGUGGCUUGCUAUGUGGAGGAGGACAUGCGGGACUGUGUGCUGGUUCGGGUGUAUGGAGAGCGGACAGAGUUGCUGGUGGACCGGGAGAACGAGGUCAGAAACUUCCAGCUGCUGCGAGCACAUGGCUGUGCCCCCAAACUCUACUGUACCUUCCAGAAUGGGCUGUGCUAUGAGUACAUGCCGGGCGUGGCCCUGGGGCCUGAGCACAUCCGUGAGCCCCGGCUCUUCAGGCUAAUCGCCUUGGAAAUGGCAAAGAUUCACACCAUCCACACCAACGGCAGCCUGCCCAAGCCCAUCCUCUGGCACAAGAUGCACAAUUAUUUCACCCUUGUGAAGAACGAGAUCAACCCCAGCCUCUCCGCAGAUGUCCCUAAGAUAGAGGUGUUGGAGCGUGAGCUGGCCUGGCUGAAGGAGCACCUGUCCCAGCUGGACUCCCCCGUGGUGUUCUGUCACAAUGACCUGCUCUGCAAGAACAUCAUCUACGACAGCACCAAAGGUCACGUACGGUUCAUCGACUAUGAAUAUGCCGGCUACAACUACCAAGCUUUUGACAUUGGCAAUCAUUUCAAUGAGUUUGCAGGUGUGAAUGAAGUCGAUUACUGCCGGUACCCAGCUCGGGAGACCCAGCUGCAGUGGCUGCGCUACUACCUGCAGGCACAAAAGGGGAUGGCCGUGACCUCUAGGGAGGUGGAGAGGCUCUAUGUGCAAGUCAACAAGUUUGCCCUGGCAUCUCACUUCUUCUGGGCACUCUGGGCCCUCAUCCAGAACCAGUUCUCCACCAUCAACUUCGAUUUCCUCAGGUACGCAGUGAUCCGAUUCAACCAGUACUUCACGGUGAAGCCUCAAGUGUCUGCCUUGGAGAUGCCAAAGUGACCAGCUGCCCCUCCCUCCCCUUGCCAUCUCUGCCUGGAAGGCUGGUUCUCUGGGGCUUGGUUCUGCUCUGGGGUCCGUACCCUCGGACAAGGUGGGAGAGGGGACAGGUGGGUAUCCUGGGAGAAGACUCCACCAGCCCCCACUGGGUGCUGCUGUGACCACAUUCUCUCGUUUGGAAGGAUUGAUGGACCUCGCUCUGAGGCCCCUUUGCCUGGCCUGACUUGGAGGGAAGUGCCUGCAGCCAGCAAGAGCUCCGACCACAACCACCCCGGGAAGCCCAGGGUUCCCGGCCCCGGGCCAGUCUGGGAUCCCAGCUGCCUGGAGGUGUCUUUGACCUUCCUGGCUUGGGGAGGGGGAAAGGUGGGAGGGCUCCUUUCUACCUCCAGUGCCCUGAGCCUCCAGCCCGUCUCCCCACAGGCCCCACUGGGGACUCAACACCCCAGGGGAGGUGUUGAGCCCAAACCAGCACCAUGCCAACUCUGACGGAUGGAUGUAAACACCUUGGGGUGGGGGCUUGACAGUUCCCUAGCAGCUGCCUCAUCUGAGGUCCUAGUUUCCAAGCCUGAUCGAUCAAAUAGCCCCUUCCCAAACCUCAGUCCAAGGACUGCAGCUUCGUGCUCUGCCUUGGGCGGAGGGGACAGCAGCCAGCAGCCUUGUUCUUCCCCUGGCCUUGCAGGCCCUCACUUCCAAGGAUCUGUCUCCCCAUGUCCACCCACCUGGGCUAGACUAGCGGGAUUCGAGGAGCCAGGGACCAGGGCUCGCCUGGCACUCGAGAGUAGCAAAGGUGCUGACUGAGGUCAUCGUCCCUGACUCUCAAUGGCCUCCACCUCCUCUCUGCCCUUACAGUCCCUGGGGCCCUCAGUUUGGGCCUAUGAAGUAAUUCAUUUGUAAAUUAUCUUGAUUUUCUGCAUUAAAAGGACCAUUUCAGGACC